GGUUUGUGUUCGUCUACUGAUCUGACGUCAGUUAAUGUUACACUCGAGUGAUUCUCUACUGUACUUUCGACUGAAGUCCGUCUCGAGUCUUCUGCUCUGUUUGCUGUAUCGCACCUUCAACAUGACGGCUAUUAAAGUCAGGGUGGCGUGUGAUCCUCAGGUGAAGUCCUCUCCUCUCUUUCUGGACGUGUUUUGCCGCAGUCUUAUAAUCUUGUGUACAUCUCUGUCAGUCGUCCUGUCGUCUGUCGCCGUGUGUGACGGUCACUGGCUGCUCGCCGGCCGUCACAUGUUUGGUCUGUGGUACUUCUGUUCUCUGGAGGAGCAGCCGAGCUCUGUUUCGGCCUUUAAAGUGUCGUCUAACUGCACUACUCAUCUGGAAGCGGCCGGGGUGGACGGGCUGGGCGCCGGGUCGGUGCUGUGUCGUUCUGUCAUCACGCUGGCUGUGGUCAGUGCCAUAUUCGGACUGGAGUUGCUGGUGAUGUCACAGGCAAGCGAAGGGCGUGACUCCAGUCGCCGCUGGGACCUCGGGGCGAGGCUGGUGCUGCUGGCGGGCGUAUUGGCUGGCGGGGGGCUGGCAACCUUUGGACUGUUGUUAGGGGCGUACGCCACGCUCUUUGGCUUCACUCUGACGUUCUGGUGCCAGUUCACUGCCACGUUCCUCUUCUUCCUCAAUGGGAUGGCGGCACGACACAUCCAGAAUAUUCCACUCCUGACCUUCACUGGCAAACCUGACAAAGUGUAGAGCUCUGCCACGACAGUCAACUCAUUUUAAAACCACCUGCAGGAGCGCCUACUGGUUUUGUUGUUAAAAAAACGUGUUCAGCGGCAUCUGCAUUAGUUGAGAAGUGAUAUUAAAAGUUUCUCAGAUUGA